UCCGGGGCGGGCGGCGAUGCUCGGCUGGCCCGGCUGAGUCACGGCGAGCGCAGGCCGGGCCGCGGACCCAGCGACAGCGCGCCGACGGCGCAGGACCCCGCGGGAGCUCGCCGGGCGGUGGCCGCAGGGCCGCGCAGGGGCCGAGCUGCGCUGAACUGUCGCCGCUGUCCCUCUGGACGCGGAAGUGCGCCUUCUCGGUUUGCUUUAACACCAGGGCUUGAGGGUUCCCGAGCGGGGCAUUUGGUCGAAUUCAGAGGAAGCCCCCCUUCCCAUCCCAGCGCGGCGGCGCAGACCCAGCCUCCGUGCGCACCUGCGGCCCUGGAAGCGCCGCGGGCGCCGGGCAGCCCCCCAGAGGAGACGGCCCCCGGGACUCCGGCCCAGAAGAUGGUCAGACCCGCGCCUAGCUCGGCAGGAAGCCUGUGACCGUGCGAAUUUCAGCUACCUACCCAAGCAAGAUGAAGAUUCCAUUUGUAGAACCUGCCAUUUGCCUUAGUUUAUUUGCUCUGACUUUGACCUCUCCACUGACAACACAAUACGUGUACAGGAGAAUAUGGGAGGAAACAGGCAACUACAGCAUUGGACCUGAUGCCAAUGUUUCUGAGUGUGCAAAAAACAAAAGCAGCCCGAUUUUUGCAUUCCAGGAGGAAGUUCAGAAAAAAGUGUCUCUUUUUAAUCUGCAGAUGGACAUAAGUGGGUUAAUUCCUGGCCUCCUGUCUACGUUCGUGCUUCUGUCUCAUAGUGACCACGGAGGACGAAAGUUCCCUUUGAUUUUGUCUUCUGUGGGUGCUCUUGCAAACAGUGCUUGGCUCUGCUUGCUUUCCUAUUUCGCCUUUCCCAUCCAGCUUUUGAUUGCAUCUACCUUUAUUGGUGCACUUUGUGGCAAUUACACCACACUUUUGGGAGCCUCUUUGGCCUACAUAGUUGAUCAAUGUAAAGAAAAGAAACAAAGAACAAUUCGAAUCGCGAUCAUUGAUUUCCUGUUUGGAGUUGUCACUGGAUUAACAGGGUUGUCUUCGGGCUAUUUUAUCAGAGAACUAGGUUUUGUGUGGUCGUUUUUAAUUGUUACUGUGGCUCUUACUGUUAACUUGAUUUAUAUUUUAUUCUUUCUUGAAGAUUCGAUGAAAGAGUCUUCAUCUCAGAAUGUUUCUAUAUCAUGGACUGAAGGCUUUAAAAACUUAUUUUACCGAACUUACAUGCUUUUUAAAAACAAUUCUGGUGAGCAGCGGUCUUUGCUCUGUUUGCUGCUUUUUACAAUGAUCACGUAUUUUUUCGUGACGAUUGGCAUUUCCCCCAUUUUUAUCCUUUAUGAGUUGGAUUCACCACUCUGCUGGGAUGAAGUUUUAAUAGGUUAUGGAUCAGCUUUGGGUAGCAUCUGUUUUUUCAGCAGCUUCCUAGGAAUAUGGCUUUUUUCUUACUGUAUGGGAGAUAUUUAUAUGGCUUUCAUCGGAAUUUUUACCACCAUGGUGGGGAUGGCUAUGACUGCUUUUGCCAGAACAACACUGAUGAUGCUUUUAGUCAGGCUGCCGUUCCUUUUCACUGCUGUGCCGCUCUCUGUUCUAAGGUCCAUGAUAUCGAAGGUCGUUCGUUCUACUGAACAAGGCACCGUGUUCGCUUGCCUUGCUUUCUUAGAAACACUUGGCGGAAUCACUGCGGUUUCUACUUUCAACGGAAUUUAUUCAGCCACCGUUGCCUGGUACAAAGGCUUCGUCUUUCUGCUCUCCGCUGUUUUGUUACUCAUCCCAGCCAUCAGUCUAUGUGUUGUCAAGUGCAUCAGCAGGAAUGCGGGAAGCUAUGUCCUUCUUAUACAAGAAGAAUCCAGCGAAGACACUUCGGACAGGUGAUUAAUUGUGAUGAAAAGAAAACCCAAAAGCACAUAUCAUGUACUCUGACUCCUGAAGGGUAUAAACUAGCGCCACAAUCAGUACUUCAUGAAUAAUCAAUGCUGCAAGUCCUUUCUCCUAAACAGUCAGAGAAAUGGUUGCACUCUAGCGUCUUACAGCACCAUACAGUUUGAGCACUUUAUGAAGAUCAUGUGACAUAUUUCCAGACGAUAGAAGGACAAAUCUCAAGACACCUCCCACUUGGGGCUUUACAAAAGAAUCUGAAACUUACCCGUACAAGACAGGACUAAGAAAUUUGAUACAAUCAAAUGCAAUAAUCUCCCUGAUAUACUCCAGUCUCUCACAUUGAGACCAAGAAGAACUCUUUGUUUGCCUCAGUCUCUUCAUCUGCAAAAUGGAUUUCUGACCUCUCUCAAAGAUUUUGAAGGCAUAAGUGUUGAAUAUUAUGAUGAGUCGGUCACUGAUAGGAAAAUGAUAAAAGCUUCAAGUAUUUAUAAUAUACUUUUCCUCUACUUGAGUAAUGCUUUAUUUUAUGGGGCCCACCAAUGUGUUAAUGAUAGUCAAAGUAGUUGCAAAAUCCUUAAAAGGGAAGCACUUUAAUGAAUACAUGUGUUCACUUUUCCUAACAUGUUUCAUCAUUGACAGGCAUGAUAAUAUUACCAUCAGUAACCUUUUUUUCCAUAAGUAAGACUAGAAAAAAAAGAUUACAGAUAGUUCCUAAAGAAAUGUAAAAACUGAGAAAACAGCCAAUCAUGAUGUAAUUAGUAUUUACAGGGUCAAUACUCAUUCCUUCUUUCUGUCAAAGGGCAUCCAUUUCUUGCUGCCUUAUGCUUAUCCCAGGACCACCAUGGUCCCUGAAAACACCGCAUCCUCUCCUGCCUCCUGUCUGCACGCAGGCUUCCAUUGGGCCUUCCUCCCUCCCUACAUUGACACUUCUAAGUCUCAGCUAACGCAUAGCUUCCGCUUCCUCCACGUGGCCUUCUGGACAUUUCUACCCCACCCCCAGUCCCUGCAGGGCUCCCUCAGCUCUCUGUGUUCUGCCGUCUGAGCACGUCCCUUGUCUUGUAAUGUCUGUCCCCCUACUUAACAAUGAGCACCUUGAAGACAGGGACAAUCUUUGAUUCCUCAUUAUAUCCUCAAUAAAAGUUGAACUAAAUGA